GCCAUCACACGAGCCGAGCGCGCGCAGGCGACAAGCGCGGAAAGCGUUUGGUGGGCGGCGACCUGGCGCGCGGGCCAGCCCAGCCGUGCGUGGUGUGGUGUGGUGUGGUGCGGGCUGAGGCGGCGCACGGCAACGGGAACGGGUCCGGCGGGCGGAGGAGAGCAGCGCGCGGUUCACGCAACGGCUACUACAAAUACUCACCCACACCACACCGCCGGGCCCCUCGGCUCAGUCACUCGCCACACAUUGCACACAGGCCACAGGAAGGAAGGACGAAUCAAACGGACCCCUGCGCUCCCAGUGAGGACUAACCAGCCUUGUUCGCCAUGGAGGCUCUGGUCUCGUUCCAGCUCGCCACCACGCACGCCGGCUUCGGCAUCGCCGACAGGUCGGUGCCGUCGAUGUUCCGCCGCGGUGUCCAUGUCCUCAUGCCCCGGACCGCUGCGGACACGCUCAGCAUGCGGACCAGCGCGCGCGCGACACCCAAGCACGCGCGAAGGGUGCAGCGCGGGGGCCGCAGGUUCCCCUCCGUCGUCGUGUGCGCCACUGGCGGCAUGAACGUCGUCUUCGUGGGCGCCGAGAUGGCGCCAUGGAGCAAGACCGGCGGCCUCGGCGACGUCCUCGGCGGCCUCCCGCCGGCCAUGGCCGCGAAUGGGCACCGGGUCAUGGUCAUUUCUCCCCGGUACGACCAGUACAACGACGCCUGGGACACCAGCGUUGUGUCUGAGAUCAAGGUGGCAGGCAGGUACGAGAGAGUGAGAUUUUUCCACUGCUACAAGCGUGGAGUUGACCGUGUGUUCAUUGACCACCCAUCGUUCCUGGAGAAGGUUUGGGGAAAGACCGGUGAGAAGAUCUACGGGCCUGACACUGGAACGGAUUACAGGGACAACCAGCUGCGUUUCAGCCUUCUUUGCCAGGCAGCACUUGAGGCUCCUAGGAUCCUGAGCCUCAACAACAACCCAUACUUCUCUGGACCGUACGGGGAGGAUGUCGUGUUCGUCUGCAACGACUGGCACACCGGUCCUCUGUCGUGCUACCUCAAGAACAAUUACCAGUCCAAUGGCAUCUACAAGGACGCAAAGGUCGCUUUCUGCAUCCACAACAUCUCCUACCAGGGCCGGUUCGCCUUGGCGGACUUCCCAGAGCUGAAUCUCCCUGAGAGGUUCAAGUCAUCAUUUGAUUUCAUCGACGGUUAUGACACGCCUGUGGAGGGCAGGAAGAUCAACUGGAUGAAGGCCGGGAUCCUUGAAGCCGACAGGGUCCUCACCGUGAGCCCAUAUUACUCCCAAGAGCUCAUCUCCGGCGAGGCGAGGGGCUGCGAGCUUGACAAUAUCAUGCGCCUGACCGGCAUCACCGGGAUCGUCAACGGCAUGGACGUCAGCGAGUGGGAUCCCAGCAAGGACAAGUACAUCACCGUGAAGUACGACGCGACAACCGCCGUCGCGGCGAAGGCGCUCAACAAAGAGGCAUUGCAGGCGGAGGUCGGCCUUCCCGUCGACCGGAAGAUUCCGCUGGUGGCGUUCAUCGGCAGGCUGGAGGAGCAGAAGGGCCCCGACGUCAUGGCGGCCGCCAUUCCACAGCUCAUGGAGGAGGACGUUCAGAUCGUUCUUCUGGGUACGGGCAAGAAGAAGUUUGAGCAAAUGCUCAUGAGCGCCGAGGAGAAGUACCCCGGCAAGGUGCGCGCCGUGGUCAAGUUCAACGCGGCGCUGGCGCACCACAUUAUGGCCGGCGCAGACCUGCUCGCCGUCACCAGCCGGUUCGAGCCCUGCGGCCUCAUCCAGCUGCAGGGGAUGCGAUACGGGACGCCCUGCGCUUGCGCCUCUACCGGUGGACUCGUCGACACCGUCGUGGAAGGCAAGACUGGAUUCCACAUGGGCCGUCUCAGUGUCGACUGCAAGGUCGUGGAGCCAUCUGACGUUCAGAAGGUGGCGACGACCCUGAAACGCGCCAUCAAGGUCGUCGGCACGCCGGCCUACGAGGAGAUGAUCAGGAACUGUAUGAUUCAGGAUCUCUCCUGGAAGGGGCCUGCCAAGAACUGGGAGAACGUGCUUCUGAGCAUGGGGAUCGCCGGAAGCGAGCCCGGGAUCGAAGGCGAGGAGAUCGCGCCGCUCGCCAAGGAGAACGUGGCUGCGCCCUGAAAGAUGCGUGUAGAACAAAAUAUGAUCGACGGAGAAUCUACCAUAGUAGAGUAUAUGAACUAAUUGCUUGUUGUAGUGAAGUCAUGAAACAUAGUGGCCAGUAGGCUAAUAACUAAGUUUGAGGUGGUAUUGCUUGUUAAGAACUGC